UCAGAAAGCGAAGCGGCAGUCGCUGCCCGCAGUCACUGGAGCGCCGGCUGCGGCAAGCUUUGGCUGCCUCGGGGGCAUCGCCCGUCCUUGGCCAUCCGAUUUGGGUUGGGUCCUUUUUAUUUUAUUUUUUUUCUCCCCCUGGUUGCAGAGCAAAAAAGGAGAAGAGAAGGGGCGUGCUUUUGCAAAAUCAUCACCCGAGCACAGGGGACGCGGAUGAGCGCUGGACCCCGAUCAUCCUCCUCUCCUGCUUCGUCGUCCUCUUCCCUCCAUUGCACCAGGACUGGAUCGUGCAAAAGAUCGAGAUGGAUAAGAUCCUAGAGGCCAUUGUCAUGUCUUCCUACCCUGACCACAUGAAACAAGGGUUGGUACGGCGCGUCGUAGAGGCUUCGAAGCAGCCCAUGAACAGUGAGCAGUGUUGGUCCAUGAUGGAGCUGUCCACCAAGCUCUUCCUUGUGGGCGACACCAAGUUCAAGAGGACGGUUGGCAAAGAGGUGCUGGAAACCUUCGCCCUUUACCACAAGGAGGCCUUCGAGGAGUUCUUCAACGCGCGCUUCCUCCUGAGUCUUCUCCAAGAGGGUUACGGGCCUCUCGGGAAAAGGAGCCCCUACGUGUUCGAUUACAUUCACCUGGGGCUGCCGUUCGUUCUGGACAGCCCGUCGGCCAACGAUAUCUUCUUCUUGCUGAGGACCGAAGUGCUCCGGAAAGUUUGCGAGAGGCCAGGGUUGAAGCAGUGCGUGAAGAUCAGCAAGCUUCUCACCCAGCAUCCUCAGUGUAUCCCCACAGGCAAACGGCAGGCCCUUUUCUGCCAGCAGCUCAUCCGUUGCAUCGGGCAGUUCCGCACCACCUCCGGCCGAGACGAGGCCAUUGUGGAUUUCCUGGACCAAGUCCUCAAAGUCAGCCUCUUGCUGCAGAAGAUAUGGAAGAUUCAGAUGUCCUCCAUUCUCCCGGCCUUGAAAGAACUCUUUGCAAUAAUUUCAUCAACAGAUGAUCAGGAGCCACCAUCGAUUGCCUUAGCCAGUGUGGUCCAGCACAUUCCACUGGAACUCAUGGAUGGGAUACUAAGGAAUCUCACCAAUGAUGACAGCAUAACGGAUGUACAGAUGAUGGUGGCCAUCGGCAGGAUGACGGAGUGGGUCGCCUGGCCCCUAGGGAAGAACAUAGACAAAUGGAUCAUCGCGUUGCUGAAGGGCUUGGCUGCUGUGAAAAAGUUCAGCAUCUUGAUUGAAGUCACACUCUCCAAAAUCGAGAGGGUGUUUUCCAAGCUCUUGUACCCUAUCCUGAGGGAUGGGGCCCUCUCUAUUCUCCGUUAUAUGCUGCUCAGCUUCCAGCACUCCCACGAAGCAUUUCACUUGCUUCUCCCGCACAUUCCGAGAAUGGUGGCUGCCCUCAACAAGGAGAACUCGAACUCUGCGGCAAGCUGCCUGGAACAGCUGGCUGAGCUGAUCCACUGCAUGUUCUUCCGUUUUUCAGGAUUUCCAGACCUCUAUGAACCAGUUGUGGAAGCAAUCAAAGCUCUUCCCAUUCCAAAUGAAGACCGAAUCAAACACCUCCUUGGGCAAAAUGCUUGGACUUCACAGAAGAACGAACUGGCCAGUUUUUAUCCUCGCUUGGCUUCCAAAUCGGAGACAGGAAAAAUAGGGUUGAUUAAUUUGGGAAAUACGUGCUACAUGAACAGCAUCAUCCAAGCUCUUUUCAUGGCCUCUGACUUCCGGCGUUCGGUGCUGAAUUUAACCGAGAACAACUCCCAACCGUUGAUGGCGAAGCUUCAGUGGCUGUUUGCCUUUCUAGAGCAUAGUCAGCGCCCGGCCAUCUCGCCUGAAAGCUUCCUCUUGGCCUCAUGGCCUCCAUGGUUCACCCAUGGGGCUCAGCAGGACUGCUCCGAAUACCUGAAAUACCUGCUUGAUCGACUUCAUGAAGAAGAGAAAACUGGGAGAAGAAUUUACCAGAAGCUCAAAGAGUCUACUCUGACGUGUCCAGCUGACGAGCAGCGCUCUGGAGACAAGACUCUCGUUGAACAAAUGUUUGGUGGCAAAAUUAAGACAAAAAUCCGUUGUCUGAAGUGCCUAAAAGUUUCUUCCAGGGAAGAGGCCUUCACGGACCUCUCCUUGGCUUUUCCGCCAGCUGACCAGCAUGUGCCUCUAGCCACUGGCAGUGCCUCAGUUUUACCCAUUGAAGAAAUGGGCCCUCAAAACAUUCAGGCAAGUGUAGAACCACAGAUGAGGCUGAGUGAGCCACCCAGGAGAUCCGGGAUGCCCGUCGCGUCUGGAAUGAGUCCAGUGUUGCCCGUGGAAACCUUGAGACCAGAGGGUCAGGAGACAUCUUCCUCUUUGAGAUGCGAGCAGGAUGCCACGUGCGUGAAGCCUCCAGGAGAAUCAGGAUUGGCUCCACAGGGGCCCGCCUCAGGUUCUGCACCGUCCCGAUCUGUCCCGGAUCUGAUCAAUUAUUUCUUAUCGCCUGAGACGCUGACUGCGGAGAACCGGUACCACUGUGAGAACUGCGCCUCCCUUCAAGAUGCGGAGAAGCUGGCGGAAGUGACGAAGGGGCCUCAUUACCUCGUCCUCACUUUGCUGAGGUUCUCCUUCGACCUGAGAAUCAUGAGGAGGAAGAAGAUCCUGGACAACGUCUCGGUCCCAUUGGCGUUGAAGCUGCCCGUCCUGACCUCCGAGGAACCGAGCGGGACUCAUCCGGCGAGGACGGGGGACCGUUCUCCGUCGUCCUGCAGGGGAUUUGUUUCUGUGAUGUACGAUCUCUGCAGUGUGGUGGUGCAUUCUGGGGUCUCUUCGGAGAGCGGCCAUUAUUACUGCUACGCCAGGGAGUGUGACGACGACGGAGCUGCAGAAAGCGGUCCGAAGGACGCCUCUUGGAACGCUGCCUCGGAGAAACCGCCGAACGUGGCUGUCCAGUGGUAUCUUUUCAACGACACCAGAGUCUCCUUCUCCUCUUUUGAAUCUGUGAGCCACGUGACCUCCUUCUUGCCCAAGGACACCGCUUACUUGUUGUUCUACAGGCAGAGGAGAACUCAGUCCGAAAGCACGGGAGGUGAGGCUGCAGCGGAGUCUGGCUGGGUGAACGGGGACUUGCAUUCACCGGAUAAAAGCCUAAUGGAAGCCAUUGCAAAGGAUAAUAUCCUCUUCUUGCAGGAGCAGGAAAAGGAAGCCAGAAGUCGGAGCGCUUACAUUUCUGCUUUGCCCAAAUCCCCUCUAUGGUGGAAAGACUUUGACAGGGAUGAUGAUGAUGAUGAUGGCUCCUCGGGGGGUUGCGGACACGAUCCUGGCAGGGGAGGCUCGAACUCUUUCCACGGACUAGUCUUUUAGCAGGGAUCGCUUUACUCAAACCCAACGGCUUACACUCUAUAACCGUCAAGUGAGUCUCCUCAGAGCUCGGAAUAAGAGAACCAGCCCAAGAUGGCCAGAAGUGGCUCUGCAAGAAAGAACUGCUGUGGGUUCCUCACCUCUCCUUAAUGUUCGGGAAUUGUAGUAUUUUGGGAGGUGCUUAGCAAGCAGGGGAUUUUCACCGCCCUCAGAUUCUGCUCUUCCUCAUAUCUGAGAACAUAUCAUUUUGUUUGCCAUUGUAGCAUAAUCACCAACAUCUGAAGAGUGGGAUAUUCUUAUGGUGAAAUCUCUUGAGGGAGAGUUUCUUCCUCUAUUGAUUCAGGGAAUCCAAUGUUAUAAGCUGAGCUUAAGUCGUGACUCAAGGACAUUUCCACCAAAGUGAACUGUGUGAUGCAUUUU